AUGGCAGCACGUCAACCCGUUAAAGUACAAAAAGUUAUGGUACAGCCGAUUAAUUUAAUUUUUCGGUAUUUACAAAAUCGAUCACGUAUACAAGUUUGGCUAUACGAACAAACAACGACACGUAUUGAAGGCUAUAUUAUCGGUUUUGAUGAAUAUAUGAAUCUUGUUUUGGAUGACGCUCAAGAAGUUUCAUUAAAGAAAAAGGAACCAAAACAAAUUGGAAGAAUUUUACUCAAAGGUGAUAACAUUAGUUUAAUUCAACAAAUUCAACCAACAGCAACCCAAGUUAAAUGA